GUUAGUUCCCCAGCCUCGGGUGGAGGUCGUCAGGGAAGCAUCUGCACUGAGGGUCCGCUUUCACCGUUGGAUUUUUCUGGAGAAACCUUUUGAGGAUAAGAGUCGAUACUGAACAUCAUCUGGGCUCGUCCCGCCACAGCGAGGCAUACCCGACAGGGUGCCAACAAACAUGUCAACACAGGCGCCGACGUUCCUGCAGCCGCUGCAGAGCGUCGUGGCACUAGAGGGUAGUGCCGCGACGUUCCAGGCUCAAGUCAACGGUUCUCCUGUUCCUGAGGUGAGCUGGUUUCGUGAUGGCCAGGUUCUCUCCUCCGCCGUUCUGCCCGGCAUUCAGAUCUCGUUCAGCGAUGGCCGUGCUGUUCUGAGGAUCCCUGCUGUGACCGCCGCACACAGUGGGAGGUUCUCCGUCAGAGCGACCAACGGAGCCGGACAGGCCACCAGCACCGCAGAACUACUCGUCACAGCGGAGACAGCCCCUCCCAGCUUCCUGCUCCGCCUCCAGAGCUCCACGGUCCUCCAGGGCAGCCAGGUGAGGCUGGACGUCAGAGUCUCAGGUAUCCCCCUCCCCCAGGUGAGGUUCUUCAGGGAGGGGGCGGAGAUCCAGAGCUCGCCAGACUUCAGGAUCCUGACGGAGGGCGAGAUGCACAGCCUGCUGAUCGCUGAGGCCUUCCCUGAGGAUUCUGGGAACUAUUCUGCCACCGCCACCAACAGCAGCGGAAGAGCAACCUCCACCUGCGAGCUGCUGGUGCAAGGUGAGGGAGUUGGCCCGGCAACAGGACACAGACAUGUAGAGAACUGUAGAUCUAUAGAUAUACAGUACCUGGUGUUUUAG